GAGCGAGCCCGGCUCCGCGGCGGAGAUGGCUUCGUCCGCGGUGGAGGACUUCGUGACCAAGCAGUUGGAGCUGCUGGAGCUCGAGCGGGACGCGGAGGUGGAAGAGCGCAGGUCCUGGCAGGAGCACAGCUCUCUGAAAGAACUCCAGAGCCGGGGCGUGUGUUUGCUGAAGCUGCAAAUAUCCAGCCAGCGCACUGGGCUAUAUGGACAGCGGCUGGUCACGUUCGAGCCCAGGAAAUGCAUAGCUGGGGCAGAACUUCCCAGUAACAGUUUCUCUUCCGGUGAUAUUGUGGGUCUGUAUGAUGCUACCAAUGAAAACGGUCAGCUGGCCACUGGGGUCCUGACCCGCAUCACCCAGAAAUCAGUCACAGUGGCCUUUGAUGAGACCCAUGACUUCCAGUUGAGCCUAGACCGAGACAGCCUCUACAGACUGUUAAAGCUUGCCAAUGACGUUACUUACAAGCGACUGAAAAAAGCUCUGACGACACUAAGGAAGUUCCAGUCUGGGCCAGCAUCCUCCCUCAUAGAGGUCCUACUGGCUGGGUCACCCCCGAGUCCUGCCAGUGAAAUAGCCCCGCUGACCUUCUACAACACCGCCCUGGACGCCUCCCAGAAAGAAGCAGUUUCCUUUGCGCUGGCACAGAAAGAACUUGCCAUCAUCCACGGACCUCCUGGCACUGGUAAAACCACCACUGUGGUAGAAAUAAUCCUCCAGGCUGUGAAACAAGGCUUAAAGGUUCUGUGCUGUGCUCCCUCCAACGUCGCCGUGGAUAAUCUGGUGGAGCGCCUGGCUCAGAGCAAGCAGCGGAUCCUGCGGCUUGGGCACCCUGCCCGCCUUCUGGAGUCCGUUCAGCAGCACUCCCUCGACGCAGUGUUGGCACGUGGCGACAGUGCCCAGAUCGUUGCAGACAUCAGGAGGGACAUCGACCAGGUCUUCGCAAAAAACAAAAAGACGCAGGAUAAGAGAGAGAAAGGCAAUUUUCGAAAUGAAAUUAAGCUGCUGAGGAAAGAGCUGAAGGAGCGGGAGGAAGCGGCUAUAAUCGAAAGCCUCACGUCGGCGAACGUGGUCCUUGCGACAAACACAGGCGCAUCCCCUGACGGCCCCCUGAAGCUGCUGCCCGAGAGCCACUUCGAUGUGGUGGUCGUGGAUGAGUGCGCCCAGGCCCUGGAAGCCAGCUGCUGGAUCCCUCUGCUGAAGGCCAGGAAGUGCAUCCUGGCUGGAGACCACAAACAGCUGCCGCCUACCACCGUCUCCCACAAGGCUGCGCUGGCGGGGCUGUCCCUCAGCCUGAUGGAGCGCCUGGCCGAGGAGCACGGCUCCAGCGUGGUUCGGAUGCUGACCACGCAGUACCGUAUGCACCAGGCCAUUUCAUGCUGGGCCUCCGAAGCCAUGUACCACGGGCAGCUCACUGCCCACCCUUCUGUGGCAGCGCAUCUCCUGAGAGACCUCCCAGGUGUGGCUACCACGGAGGAGACGAGUGUCCCCCUGCUGCUUGUGGACACUGCUGGCUGUGGGCUGUUUGAGCUGGAGGAGGAGGACAACCAGUCCAGGGGGAACCCGGGUGAGGUCCGCCUUGUGUCUUUGCAUAUCCAGGCCCUGAUGGAUGCUGGUGUCCAAGCAGGCGACAUUGCUGUCAUUGCACCCUACAACCUCCAGGUGGACCUGCUCAGACAGAGCCUCGCGCACAAACACCCUGAGCUUGAAAUUAAGUCCGUCGAUGGCUUCCAAGGCCGAGAAAAGGAAGCUGUGAUCCUGUCCUUCGUCAGGUCCAACAGGAAAGGUGAAGUUGGUUUUCUCGCAGAAGACCGGAGGAUCAACGUUGCUGUCACCCGUGCACGGCGCCACGUGGCCGUCAUCUGUGAUUCUCACACAGUCAACAGUCAUCCCUUUCUGAAGACCCUGGUGGAUUAUUUCACGGAGCAUGGGGAGGUGCGCACAGCCUUUGAGUAUCUUGAUGACAUCGUCCCUGAAAACUAUGCCCACGAGGGCUCUCAGGACCACAGCCAUGCUGCCAGGAAGCCCCGGGGCCCGGCUUCCUCCUCCAGGAAGCCGGGAAGUGGGAGGCAGCAGAAGGACUGGGAGGCUGGCGCAGCUGCCCGACAGAACCGCAGGAAGCCAGGCGAGAAGCCUUCAGGCUCUGAAGCCCAGUCCCAGGCCAGCCUCAAGGCUGGUGGCCCCAGAGGAGCGGGAGGCCCAGACAGCACUGCAGAGCAUUUUAGGGCCCUGAUUGCAGAGUUUGUGGCCAGUGACGAGACAAAGUUGGAAUUUCCUACAUCUCUGAACUCCCACGACAGGCUGCUGGUCCACCAGCUAGCGGAGGAGCAUGGGCUCCGACAUGAUAGUGCCGGGGAGGGGAAGGCGCGGCGCAUUACUGUGCGCAAGAGGAGCCCAGUGGGAGCUGGUAGCAGAGCCCCCCAGUCUCCUGCAACCCCCAGCCCUGCACAGCCUGAGCCGGAGCCGUCCCUGGAGAAGCAGAGCAGCCGGGCUCAGCUGGAUCUGAAGGCACUACACCUGGAGAGGCUGCAGAGGCAGCAGAGCGGCCAGGCCCAGCUGGCCAAGGCGCAACCGGGCAUGGGCUCUGGGCUACAGAAGGCACCACAAAAGAAGAAGAAAAAGGAACCAAAAGGAUGUGCAGCCUCGGCUCUGCCAGCUGAGGAGGACUUGGACGCCCUGCUGUCAGCCGUAGUGAAGGCCGACAACACGUGCAGCUUCCCCAAGUGCUCGGCCAGCACCGUGACCCUGGGCCAGCUCUGCCAGCACUGCGGCCGCCGCUACUGCCUGAGCCACCACCUGCCCGAGAUCCAUGGCUGCGGCGAGAAAGCUCGUGCCCAUGCACGACAAAGGAUCAGUCGGGAAGGGAUCCUCUAUGCAGGCAGUGGGACCAAGGACAGGGCCCUGGACCCAGCCAAGAGAGCUCAGCUGCAGCGGAGGCUGGACAAGAAGCUGGGUGAACUCACCAGCCAGAGGACAAGCAAGAAGAAGGAGAAGGACAAGGGGUCAUGACAUGUGUCUUUGGUGGCCUCUCCAGGGGGAAGAGUGACCCCAGGGAGUCUACAGUCACUACUGGAUUCAGGGCCUAGCCAAGCCCGGGCUCAGUGUCACACCUAUGUCAUGCAGGGCAGAGGGCUGGACCUCAGGGACAAGCUUCCUCAGCAUGCCCGUGUGUCACCAGAUGAGGAAAGCACCUAGGGCCUGCAGUCCACUGAUUCUUCACUUGGCCUGGCGUGGCCCUUCCUCUUUCCUCUCCGAAACCAUGCCUUGUGGGUCUUGGGAAAGGUGCCGUAUCCUUGGCGCUGUGCCUGGCCUUAGACUCUGUGGUAACCUUACCCCGCCCUGCCUGGCCAGUCUCUGUUAGUGCCAGGUUAAUGCUUAGAGGCCCAUUCAGAGAAGUGAGUGUUUUACCUGUGUGCUGUGCAAGGCAGAGGCUCCCCUCCAGUCUUUGGCAAUGGCCCUUCAGCACUGCCAAGCAGCGGGCACAUGUCCCAUGAGACCAGGGACGGGAAGGAGGCCACUGCCUGGCUAGGAAGGCUUCUGGCGUGUGCUCACCCUUCCUCUGCCCAGGCCCCAGGUGCUGUGGCUGCUUCCCAGUCGUCAUCCUGAGGAAGCCAUCCCAGGCCACUCUGCUCAUGCUUACGCGUCCAGAGCCCUCUCCAAGCUUGCUUUUUUGCCCCCCCAAGGUAGGGUUCUCCAGGUUGACCUGGAAUUCACUCUGUAGUCUCAGGGUGGCCUUGAACUCACGGCAAUCCUCCUACCUCUGCCUCCUGAGCAUUGGGAUUAAAGCGUGCACCAUCA